UAAAAUUGCAAAAUACUGCUAUUUCUAUCUAGGGUUUCUAGAACUGAAAAUUUUUAGGACUUCAUCCUCAAUCCCUCAUCCCUCUCUCUCUAUCCCCAUUUUUGGGAGCUUAUCAAAACCUUCUCCAAAACCCUAAAAUUCUUCCGCAGCAACAAAUAAUUCUGCAGCAAUCAGCAUAAAAAGGUUGAAACUUUGUAAGUAAUUCUUUCAUUUCUCUAUCUUCUUCCAUUAUAUAGCUUCCUAUUUAUCCAGAAUUCAUCUCUGUGGGCGUCUCAAAUUUUCUACAAUUUCUUUUGCUGUUCUCUUAAAGUCUUGAAAAUCCAUUUUGAUAAAAUCAUUCAAUAUCAUAACUCAUAAGCAUCCCCUCCCCAAAAAUUGAUGGGGAAAUCAGGAGGAAAGAAAAAGAAGGGAGGUAGUGGUGGAAACAAUACUAAUACUACUACCACUACUGCUACUGCAAAGCCUAAUAUUCCUCCAAACCCACCAGUUUCUAAUGGUGGUGUUAAUAUAGAUUCAUCAAUCUUGUUGAAAAAAGCUCAUGAACUGAAAGAAGAAGGAAACAAGAAAUUUCAAUCCAAAGAUUACGUUUCUGCUCUUGAACAGUAUGAUAAGGCUCUUCGUUUAACUCCGAAAAACCAUCCCGAUCGAGCAGUUUUUCAUAGUAAUAGAGCUGCUUGUUUAAUGCAAAUGAAACCAGUCGAUUAUGAAACUGUUAUUUCAGAGUGUUCUUUAGCUCUUCAAAUUCAACCUAGGUUUGUUAGAGCACUUCUUCGUCGAGCUCGUGCAUUUGAAGGUGUGGGUAAAUAUGAAAUGGCAUUGCAAGAUAUUCAGAUUAUAUUAGCAGAUACCCCUAACCAUCGAGAUGCAUUGGAUAUUGUUGGGAGGCUAAGGGUUGCACUUGCACCUCGCCAGGAAGCUGAACGAGAUCUUCAGAGCCGUCCUUCGCCUGCUGCUCUUGGUGCUUCUGCUGUUCGUGGAGCUCCAAUUGCUGGUUUGGGUCCUUGUUUACCUGCCCGACCUGUUCCGAAGAAGUCCACGCCUUCGACAGGAGGUACAAUUGCUUCCGCAAAUGGUAAUUCUGAAAAGACUCAUAAUGGUAAUUCUCAUGAAGAUGGUUCAGAGAUAAAAAAUCAGCAACCCAAAACUGUUCUGAAGAAUGCUAAGGGCUCGUUAGAAGAGCCUAUUUCUUAUCUUGACAAGGGUAAUGUAAAGGACAAAUCUUUUUCAUCAUCAUUGUCGAUGCCUGUUGCUCGUGGGCAGGGUUUGAAAUCAAUUGUUACUCAAUGGAGGCUGUUGAAGCUUGUUUAUGAUCAUGAUAUUCGUCGUGCACAAAUGCCGGUAAAUUGCUGUUUUAGGGAGUUGAGAGAGGUGGUAACCAAGAGGUUUCCAUCAUCAAAGUCAAUUCUGAUCAAGUUUAAGGAUGAGGAUGGUGAUUUGGUGACCAUUACUGGUACUUCUGAGCUUAGAUUGGCGGAAUCAAUUGCUGAUAGUACAACACAGAAGGAUUCUGGAACAGAGAAAAGUGAUUCUUUUGGAUUGUUAAGGUUGCAUAUUGUUGAAGUGAGUGCGGAACAGGAGCCACUUGUGUUAGAUGAAGAUGAGGAUAAGCCGGUGGAGGAUGAAGGCGUUAAAAGUGAUGAAACUGGCUCUGGAGGUUCAGUAGGUGAUUCAGUAAUAGAAACUGUGGAUACUGAGAUCAGUAAAACUGAGGGAGAAGAUUCAAAGGAGAAGACUGGUGCAGGGGAUGAGAAUGAAGGGAAGGAGAUAGAAAUAGAUGAUUGGUUAUUUGAGUUCGCUCAGCUAUUCAGAACUCAUGUUGGGAUUGACCCAGAUGCUCAUAUUGAUCUUCAUGAGCUUGGAAUGGAGCUCUGUUCUGAGGCUCUCGAGGAGACCGUAACAAGUGAAGAAGCUCAAAUUCUCUUUGAUAUGGCUGCUUCAAAAUUUCAGGAAGUUGCUGCCCUGGCGUUCUUCAAUUGGGGAAAUGUUCACAUGUGCGCAGCAAGAAAGCGAAUUCCUUUGGAUGAGGCUGCACCAAAAGAAUUGAUGGAGUCCCAGCUUCAAGUAGCCUAUGAUUGGGUCAGAGAGAAGUAUUCUUUGGCUGGGGGGAAAUAUGAGGAGGCACUUAGGAUCAAACCGGACUUUUAUGAAGGGUUGCUUGCCUUAGGGCAACAGCAUUUUGAAACUGCGAAGCUGCAUUGGUCAUUUGCUCUUGCAAAUAAGAUUGAACUGAAAAAUUGGGAUCCUACAGAGACGAUUAAGCUCUUUGAUAGUGCUGAGGAAAAGAUGAAAGCUGCAACUGAAAUGUGGGAGAAGUUGGAGGAGCAAAGGGCUAAAGAACUCAAAGACCCAAGUUCUAGCAAGAAAGAUGAAUUACUGAAGAGAAGAAAGAAACAGGGAACGUCUGCAGAUGAAGCGGCCACAGGAAAUGACAAUCAGGGCAAUGUCUCACCUGAUGAAGCUGCAGAACAAGCGGCUGUCAUGAGAUCUCAGAUACAUCUCUUCUGGGGAAAUAUGCUUUUCGAACGUUCUCAAGUUGAGUUCAGGUUAGGUUUAGAUGGAUGGGACAAGAACCUUGAUGCCUCUGUGGAAAGGUUUAAACUUGCUGGAGCUUCUGAAACCGACAUUUCUGUGGUCAUGAAGAACCAUGCCUCAAAUGCUGAUUCGGUGGAGGGUGAGGAGAAAAAGGAUGCCGAUAUUUCUAUUGAAGCGAAUGGUAAGGACGAGGAUAACCAAGUUUCAGCAAGUUGAUUUGAUGUGUGAACUGUUCUGCAAUCUUAGAGGUCUAGGUGAAGUUCUUAUAUAUCGGUUGCAUGACCUACCUCACAUCUAGAAUUUGGAAACAGAAGAAAGGUUCUGCUGGCAAAUCUGUAGAGAAUCUUGGGCUGGGAAGUUUUGGAUAUCUUUUGAAGCUAAAAAGCUAAAAAGAGACAUCCAGUCUUCAGAGUACAACAUACAAGCUUUGCUCACUCAAAAUUUUGUCCGCGUUCUUCCAAUCGGCAUUAAAGGUGACUUUAUGGUUUCAAACUUACUUGUGGUAUCAAUUGAGUUUUAUUAAUGGCAUUUGUGGGCUUAUUAAUUUCAUUCUAGUGUAAUUUACACUCAUUACCGUAUGAGUACAUCAAAUUGUCUGACGUGGAAAUUGCCUUUUAAUUUUUACCUUGAUCAUAUUUUCAGACCAAGCUA